UAAGAGUCGGAAAACUCUGCAUCGCGAAAAUGGGAAGUAUUGGAAACGCUACCAUUCCGGGCUUUCUUUGUAGGAUCUGCAUGAAAGUUCACCGCAGCGUUAUUCUCCUUUUUGGCCACCAAGGCCAAAGAAUGCAGCUCAUUGAGAAACUGGAAAAAUAUCUCUUCGUUACCAUCUCGCCAACGGACAACCUCCCGAAGUCCAUCUGCCAGGACUGCAUCAAAAAGCUACGAAGUGCUGAAAAAAAUCUAUUAAGAAUGCAAAAGCUUAUAUUAGAGAUCCAUCCAGAAUGGAAAGAGGAGGGUGGUGAUGAGUCAUUGGAGCCAAUUUCAGAUGACUCAAGUGAAUCCUCGUGCAGCGAUAUAAGCAUAUCAACCGAUUCAAGCGAGGAAAGUGAUUCAUUUGAUUUUCCACCACUGGAUUUGUCAGGACGCCCACGAGAAAAUGAGAUACUUCCUCCGGUUUCGGAAAGCGAUGAUGACCAGCCCUGAGUGGUAUUUCCAAAAAUAACUAAAUACGCCGAAAAAGGAAACUUUACCAUUUAAGAAUCCAUCCAUUUUAACACAUACCAUCUUUAACAUCAAUUUUUUUAACAAACGUUUUAUAGCUUAACUGCUACUUAUACUACUGAAUGGAUGUCCCAAACCUCAUAAUUAAAUUUGCAUCUUAUUUAUGAAAUGUAAAAUCAACACCGUUAUAAUGGUGUUUAAUUAAAUAAGAAACCAGUUGGGAUUUGAAUCCGUAUGAUCUAUAUAAACUAUAUGUGAAAAUACCCGUGAUCUCCCAGAAACUGCUUAAUAUCUCAUAAGCUAACACCUUGUAAUAAUAAUGUGGAAGAACAAAUGUAUAAUUUACUUUUUUUUCUUGCAUUUAAAUAAAAUGACAA